AUGCAGCAGAACAUCACGGCUUUCUUUAAGAAGCAAGUUAAGCCGUCUUCUGUGGCUGCGGUUGCCACACCUUUGUCUAGUGUGCAUGGUAGUUCAUCUGAGGGUGUUAGCGAUGUCGUUGCCGCUGACCCCGUUUGUAGUCCCAAGUUGGCUUCAGUCGCGGGCGAGGGUACUUUGGAUGUUGUUAGCGAUGUUGAAUCCAGGGAUAAGGUUGCUUUGACUACCGCAAAGGUUGGUAGUACCUCUGAUGUGUCUGUUGCUGCGCCUACAGACUUAAGUCGUAGCGUAACAUCGGAAUCUGUACAUACUAGUACUUUUUCAGAUGAUUUUGAGGACGAGUCACCUAUAUGUCGGAAGCGUAGUCUUAUGUAUGACAGUGGUUUUGUUCCUAAUAAGGUGACGUGUACGGAGAUUACUGAAGAUUUUAUUAAAUCGCAUAUCGAUAUUAUCGAUAAUAUAAUUACGGAAGGUCGUUCUCCGGUUGUUUCUAAGGUCGACUCCCGGGGUUCUAGCAUCUCUGCCUGUAGCCUCGAGACAGAGUUUGCCCCUGUAGACGGUCCGGCGGCAUCACAUGGUGAACGUCCGGUUGCUGCAACAGAUGUUAGCCUUGAAUCUUGUGAUAUUGGUGCUAACGGUGACUAUGGUGACGUUUCCGAGCUUAUGUUUGUUGGCGCUGCUAAAUCGGCAUCUGUAAUAGAUAGUAGUAAGAUCGCUUUGACCGUAGGCUCUGAACCUUUCCACCCAUCUCUUCGUAGUGGCGACUGCGUGACUGAUGAGGAGCGUAAGUUGUACCUGAACUGUCCUGCUAGUCAGAAGAGUCGUUGUUUUAGGGCAUAUGUGGAGCAUUAUUAUCGUUAUAAUGAUACAUUUGUGUUUCCUCCCUGGUGUCGUGUUCGUGAUAUUCGAGAUCGUAACGGUCUAAGGCCUACUGAUGAUGCUUAUGAUCCUAGUAGUAUAUGGGUGCCUCCUCGUAACCAUCCUUGGGCUGUGGAGUUCCGUAGUUGUCAUUUUACUGAAUGUAUGCAACAAUGGUGGUAUUUGAAGCAGGAUCGUUUUGAUCAGUUGUUAUUUUUUAAGAUGGGUCGUUUUUAUGAGUUAUUUUAUCAUGAUGCUUGUAUAGUUCAAGAGAUUUGUGGUUUACGUUGGAUGGGUUCUGAAGCGAAACCUCAUGUUGGUUUUCCUGAGAAGAGUUUGCACAUUUAUGCGUCAUCUUGUGUUUCUAGGGGUUAUAAGGUCGUUGUUGUAGAGCAGACUGAGACUCCGCAACAGUUGGAGAAGCGUAACCGUGAGAGUGGUAGUCGUCAAAAUGCUGUAUCCCGUGCCAUUUGUGAGAUUAUCACCCCUGGUACUAUCACUCGUCCUGAGAUGUUAGGAUCUAGUAGUAAGCAGUUAUUGUUGAUAACUCGGUCAUGUGCUGUUGAGCAGGGUGUUAAUUUGGAUUCAAGUGACGUUACCGCUAAGAUUGGAUUUAAACGUUACGAUUUACCACAAUUUGCAGGUUCACAUCGUGAACAUCUAUUAUCAAUUUGUUCCAUGGAUGCUUCAAUAGGGUCUCUAAGUUUAGGUUGUGUUGAUAUUGGCAUGGGUCUUGGUGAGUUGCGUGCCGUUAUAUCAUCCAUUGGUCCUGCUGAGAUUGUCGUUGAUUCAGUUAUUAUGGGCAGUUUGGAUGAGUUGUAUGGCAUGACUGGUAUUUUGCAUUUUGAAUUAACGUCUUUUAACAUUUCUGAUGAGUUCACUCCUGAGAACGUUGGCAAUAAGGAUGCACAGAUGGCUCCCGUUGACUACAGUGACUUUAUGAAACGGGUGAGUACCACAGUUGGCAGCCAGCUGGGUGCCUAUGACCGUUUAUUAUUGUUACUACAGCGUUACCUGCGUUCUGUGAUGUUAGACAAUUUGCUAAACUAUUGUACUGUCAGCGUGCUUGGCAGUGACAAGCGUGGUUGUAUGGUCCUUGACGGUGCUGCUUUGACUCAACUUGAGUUAUUUCGAUCUCAAGAGGGUGACGUUUCAUUGAGUUUGUUUGGUUUUUUGAACAAGACGUGUUGUGCUCUUGGUGAGCGUAUGUUACGUCGUUGGUUACUGAAACCGCUGAUUAGUGCCUCUCGUAUCAACGACCGUAGUUCCACAGUUGAUUUUUUGUGUAAUAACUUUUCUCUCUGCCUUAGUUAUCAGGAGCGUCUAUCUUCUUUACCUGACCUUGAGCGUUGUUUGGGUAAACUAUUGAACGCUGCUGCUGGUUGUUACAAGAUGGCGGUAUAUUUCGAUGAAUGUGUGUUUUCGAAGUUAUAUAGUUUACACCAGUUACUUGAGCACUUUUUAUCACUGCACAGUUAUGUAUCUUCAUUUUUUUCUGAAGCAUCUACUAUUGAGGGUUGUCCGUCACUUUUACGUGACAUGUCGUCAUCGUUGGUUGACGUGACAGUGCAUUGUAAAGACUUGCUUGGGAAGUUACAAGUCACUGGUCCUAAGUCGUGCAGCAGUGCUAGUGUUGGUGUUUGGGAAGGUUCUGAUGAUGUUCGUGGUCGUAUAUCUCGUACACAAUCUAGUUUGGAUGAAGUCUUGGUUGGCAUUAGACGGCAUGCUCCUUCUGCAUCUUAUGUGCAUACUAAGUUCCGUUACGAGGUGGAGAUGCCUGAGUCGAAUUAUCGUCGUAUAUCAGGAGAUAAAAGUUGGGAGGUUACAUCUACCCGUUCUGGUUACGUGCGUGUGCGUAACCAGCGUAUAGUAUCUCUUGUGACAGAGUUAGAGGAUCAUGAAUUUUCUUUAGGUCAGUCCGAGCUAUUAUUUUUUCAAUCAUCGGUUAAGUAUAUCCACGACCGUCGUGAUAUUUUUGGCAGUUUAUUGGUAACUGCUGCUGAUUUGGAUUGUUUAUGUAGUUUGGCAUCAGUGGCUAAGAAUGCAGUGAUUCCGUUAGUUCGUGCUUCUGUUUUUGAGCGUGGUGAUGGCGAACCUUACAUGGUUGUUCGUAAUUCCGUGCACCCUAUAGUAUGUCAGUUGAACCCUGAUACCUUUGUGUCUAACGAUGUGCACCUUAACCAUGGUGACUAUCGCGCUAUGAUUUUAUUAACUGGUCCUAACAUGGGCGGCAAGUCUACAUUAUUGCGUCAGACUGCUCUUUGUGCGAUAAUGGCGCAUAUAGGUUCGUUUGUUCCUGCAUCUGAAUGCAAGAUGACCGUUGUUGACCGUAUAUAUACCCGUUUGGGUGCUAGUGAUAACCUAAUAGAGGGUAAGAGUACAUUUUUAGUUGAGAUGGAAGAGGUUUCUUCAAUGUUACGUACGGGCACAUCUGAUUCAUUAGUUUUGGUUGACGAGCUUGGUCGUGGUACUUCUACAUUUGAUGCUACUGCUAUCGCUGCGGCCUGUUUAGAGAAGAUUUCAUCUAUAGGUUGUCGUUGUAUCUUUACAACGCAUUUUCAAGAGGUAUGCUCAUAUUCGUUACGUCUUCCGAAUGUAUCAUUAUGUCAUAUGUUGGCAAGUUUCGAUGACACUGAGCGUACCUUGACCUUUAUGUACAAAUUGUCACUUGGUCAGUGCCCGGAGUCUCACGGUAUCCACGUUGCUCGUUUAGCUGGGAUUCCAGCUCACGUUUUAGAGCUUGCUGAGGAGGUUUCACGUCGUUUCCGUGUACAGAAACGCUCUACCGCUGCCAUUGUUAAGGCAUUGUUAGGUGCACACUCUCGCGGUGAUGAUUCUAUGAUACGUUCACUUUACGAUGAGCUAUUUUCAUCGAUUAACAUACGUGUUUCUUAA